CAGAUCCACUCCCUCGCUCUGCUAUCACACACCCCUUGCUUCUACCACUUUCCCUCCACUGUUCCUGAGUUUCGGAAAAUCAAGCAGUGUGUUGAAGGAAAGGUAACAACAAGUGUAAGUUCAGGGGACCACGUCAGGUAGGAACAAGCAACAAGAGUUUGGAUGUAUUAAUUUGAAGCAUGUGAUGCAAGUUUCUGAAUGAUUGAGGUACAGUACCUGUGUGGACUUUGAAGAGAAGGAUGAUUGGGAGCAUACUCUUUUUUAACCCAGUUGUGAUGCUCAUGGACAACUUUUUCAUGAAGAACACAUGAAAACACACUUUGGCAGAUCCUGAAUCGUAAAUGACUCUCCACAGCUUUCUGGUCAUCUAAUCAAGACUCCCCAACCUCCAUCCAGCUCGGCCCACCCUGUCUGUUAUCUCUGCAUACAUUAAAGGGCACCUGUCUUCAUCUCAAAUACAGACCUCUGAGAGAAUCCAUUCUUCUCUUCUAUGUAUCUAACUCUGUGAGAUUUCAGUGCCUCGCUCGGCUUGAAUCCCUUAGCCAUCCCUAGUAGUUCCCAUUACUCUGAGCUCUCGGCAGCACUCACCCUCUCUUGCUCUUUAUUGGUUGACUCCUUGGGUCCUGAGCCAGGAUGAAUGACGUCCAGGAUGCUACCUCCCCAGGGGCCGCUCUAGGUGGCCCUGUCACCUGCGUCUCCAAAGUGGAGCUGCGCGUCGCCUGCAAGGCCCUGCUGGACCGAGACACACUGAACAAGUCUGACCCAUGUGUCAUACUCAUGGUGCAGAACCAAGGACAGUGGACGGAGCUUGACAGGACAGAGGUGAUCAAAAGCAACCUGCACCCGGUCUUUGCCAAGGUCUUCACCCUGGACUACUACUUUGAGGAAGUGCAGAAGCUGCGGUUCGAGGUCUACGACAUCCAUGGCACCCACAGUAUUGGCACCCGCGAUGACGACUUCCUGGGUGGGGUGGAGUGUACGCUCGGCCAGAUUGUAGCCCAGAAGAAGAUGGUGAAGCCUUUAUUCCUAAAGUAUGCGAAGUACGCCGGGAAAUCCACCAUCACGGUACAUGCUGAAGAAAUUUCUGGCAACAAUGGAUAUGUUGAACUGUUCUUCUGUGCUAAGAAACUGGAUGAUAAGGAUCUCUUCAGUAAGUCAGACCCAUUUUUGGAAAUAUAUCGAAUCAACGAUGAUGGGACGGAACAGCUCGUUCACAGAACCGAGGUAAUCAAAAACAACCUGAACCCCGUGUGGGAGCCCUUUAAAGUGUCUCUCAUCUCCCUGUGUAGCUGUGAUGAGGACAGGAAGCUCAAGUGCCUAGUCUGGGAUUCUGACUCCAGAGGAAAACACGACUUCAUCGGAGAGUUUUAUGCCACCUUCCGGGAAAUGCAGAAAAUUGGCGGUGGAAGCAAGGUCACAUGGGAUUGCAUGAAUCCAAAGUACAAACUGAAGAAAAAGAACUACAAAAACUCUGGGGUGGUCAUCCUCAGUGAUCUCAAGCUUCACAGAGUGUAUUCCUUCCUCGACUACAUCAUGGGAGGAUGCCAAAUUCACUUUACAGUGGCCAUUGACUUCACAGCCUCCAACGGAGACCCACGGAACAGCUGCUCCCUACACUACAUCAACCCGUACCAGCCCAACGAGUAUCUGAAGGCUUUGAUAGCAGUGGGGGAGAUCUGUCAGGACUAUGACAGUGACAAAAGAUUUUCCGCCUUGGGAUUUGGUGCCAGAAUUCCACCCAAUUAUGAGGUGUCCCAUGACUUUGCCAUCAAUUUCAACCCAGAGGACGAUGAAUGUGAAGAGAUUCAGGGGGUGGUGGAGGCCUACCAGAACUGCCUGCCUAAGAUCCAGCUGUAUGGCCCCACCAACGUCUCUCCCAUCAUCAGCAGGAUAGCCAAGCUGUCAGCAGGAGAGGAGACCAUCAAAGAUGCCUCACGUUACCACAUCCUGCUGAUCCUCACGGACGGCGUGGUGACAGACAUGGCAGACACACGCGAGGCCAUCGUGCGUGCCUCCUACCAGCCCCUGUCCAUCAUCAUCGUUGGCGUGGGCAAUGCAGACUUCACAGACAUGCAGAUCCUGGACGGGGAUGACGGGGUGCUGCGCUCACCCAAAGGAGAGCCCGUCCUCAGAGACAUUGUGCAGUUUGUGCCAUUCAGAGACUUCAAAACGGCCUCGCCUGCUGCCUUGGCCAAAUGUGUCCUUGCGGAGGUGCCCAACCAGGUGGUGGAGUACUACAGUCACAAGGCCAUCUGCCCCAUGCCGCCCGUCCCAUCAUGUGACUCUCCCACCUCCCUUGCCAACACCCCUACAGAAUCAUUGCCAGCAGUGGGGACCACGGCCUGACCACAUCUCAGUCCAGCAGAGAGAGAGAGAGAGAGAGGAUGCAGAUCGCUGCUCUGGACCAAGAACCAUGGUCAUUAAUAUUAGUGUUGUUAUCAUGCCUUUUUCAUUCGUACAGUGUUCACACACAGACUGGAAUCUGAAACCUUUGGAUUGUUUUCUCUCUCCGUUCGGAUCAUGUCCCUCUGCCUGGCUGUGCAUCCAUCUGCCUGUUCAGCAUGAUGCUGGAGGAUGCAUGCAGGUGAAUCCCUCCCAGAGUUGAUCAACUAUGGUCACAGGCUUUCUGUCCCCUUCUGCCCUGAUACUGACACCUCGGCCCUCAGCUGAUUUUUUUAUGACCUUCAAGGCUCUCCAAGGCUUCAGUCUGCUUCUCUUCUGUGUUCAUUUUGCUCUGCUGUGUCACUCUUAAGUCUUACUGCCCAUCACUGGUAUUGUCUGAAGAGCCUGUCAACUGAAGGAUUGGGGCAGGGGGGGAUCUAAGCAUAUCAAACCACAUGAGUCUUUCAAUUACGAGGAAAGAGAUUUAGGUAACACUUUAUUUUACUUUUCCUACAUGAUUCCUGCAUAGAAAAAGUAGUCAUAUACAGUACAGGUCAAAAGUUUGGACACACCUACUCAUUCAAGGGUUUUUCUUUAUUUUUACUUUUUUCUACAUUUUAGAAUAAUAGCGGAGACAUCAAAACUAUGAAAUAACACAAGGAAUCAUAAAAUAACCAAAAAAGUGUUAAACAAAUCAAAUCAAAAUAUAUUUAAUAUGUUAUAUUCUUCAAAGUAGCCACGCUUUGCCUUGAUGAUAGCUUAGCACACUCUUGGCAUUAUCUCAACCAGCUUCAUGACGUAGUCACCUGGAAUGCAUUUCAAUUAACAGGUGUGCCUUGUUAAUUUGUGGAAUUUCUUUCCUUCUUAAUGCGUUUGAGUCAAUAAGUUGUGUUGUGACAAGGUAGGGGUGGUAUACAGGAGAUAGCCCUAUUUGGUAACGGACUAAGUCCAUAUUAUUACAAGAACAACUCAAAUAAGCAAAUAGAAAUGACAUUCCAUCAUUACUUUAAGACGUGAAGGUCAGUCAAUCCAGUAAAAUUGCAGUCGCAAAAAACAUCAAGAGUUAACUGCACUUCAGAUUGCAGCCCAAAUAAAUGCUUCACAGAGUUCAAGUAACAGACAUCUCAAAAACCACUGUUCAGAGGAGAAUGUGUAAAUCAGGCCUUCAUGGUCGAAUUUCUGCAAAGAAACCACUACUAAAGGACACCAAUAAGAAGAAGAAACUUGCUUGGGCCAAGAAACACUAGCAAUGGACAUCAGACCGGUGGAAAUCUGGCAUUUGAGAUUUUUGGUUCCAACUGCUCUGUAUUUGUGAGAAGCAGAGUAGGUGAACGGAUGAUCUCUGCAUGUGUGGUUCCCACCAUGAAGCACGGAGGAGGAGGUGUGAUGGUGUGGCGGUGCUUUGCUGGUGACACUGGCAGUGAAUUAUUUAGUAUUCAAGGCAGACUUAACCAGCAUGGCGACCACAGCAUUCUGCAGUGAUAUGCCAUCCUAUCUGUGUUGCGCUUAGGGGGACUAUCAUUUGUUUUUCAACAGGAGAAUGACCCAAAACACACCUCCAGGUUGUGUAAGGGCUAUUUGACAAAGGAGAGUGAUGGAGUGCUGCAUCAGAUGACCUGGCCUCCACAAUCACCCGACCUCAACCCAAUUGAGAUGGUUUGGGAUGAGUUGGACCGCAGAGUCAAGGAAAAGCAGCCAACAAGUGCUCAGCAUAUGUGGAAAAUCCUUCAAAAGCAUUCCUCAUGACAGCAAAGCUGUCAUCAAGGCAAAGGGUGGCUACUUUGAAGAAUCUAAAAUAUAUUUUGAUUUGUUUAAUACUUUUUGGGUUACUACAUGAUUCCAUAUGUGUUAUUUCAUAGUUUUGAUGUCUUCACUAUUAUUCUACAACUUAAAAAAUAGUAAAAAUAAAGAAAAACCCUUGAAUGAGUAGGUGUGUCCAAACUUUUGACUGGUACUGUACAUGCAAACUUGACAUUUUGUAACAUGACUCACACUAAUAUUACAUUACAGUACAACGUUUUAAAGCUUAGUGAUUUUUUACAGAUUAUGCGAUGUGACUUCCAUACAUGUUAUGUCAAUCUUUAUAAUAACCUUAUGCAGGCAUGAUGGCAGAGCAUUCAAAUAAAAUGUUACAGAAGUGUAUACAUGAUAAAUAAGUCAACAAAUGUAAACAAAUAUACGUACAGUGUAAAUGAAUGAUAAAGUUCUACAUCAAGAUAAAUCAGAUCUUUAUCAACUGUCAUGCCCAUUACCUCCAUAUGAAGCAAACCUUAGGGAUUUAUCUUAUUCUCAACCUGACCUAUCUGGAGCCUUAGCCAGUUACUUUUCUUAACUGAAUUACCCAGGAACAUUUUAAAUAGGGCUCUUCAUGGUGUUUGUAUCACAAGGCUGUACGAUAUUGUAGGUCUUUCAAAAAAAAUCUUAUUCCAAUGAGAUAACCCUGCAUCUCAUUACUCAUGUGAACGACCUCACUGCACUGUCUAGUAAAGAAUCUAAAUACGGUGGAAUGUAUAUGAUUUAUAUUGUUUGACGAGUACAAAUGUCACAGGAGUACACUUUGACAUUAAUGAGAGAAGACCAGAGAGUGGGAUCAUGGCCUUGUAUUCAUUUUUACUUGUUAGGAUGAGAUGCUGCUGACUUAUGGUAAGCAGCUUUACAUGCACAUCCCUCCAUGAUUAAUAUGUACUGUAACCAUUUUUUUCCAUUUAGGAACUAUUUUGUUCUCUCUGUUGACACUUUGACUUGUUGAUUGCAUAAAUCAUGGGUAAGAAGUCUUGCACGUAGUUCCAUAAACUUCUUCUGCUAAACAUUCUACUGACGUAGUUUAGGUGCAUCAGGUAUCCACGUCAGAUAUGAUGCAAACAGAGGUAACCUGAAUCACUGAAAUCGUAUUAUUUUGUCUGCCCAUAUUUUUACAUACACUAAGAAUAACACCUAAAAACAGGUUGCAUUCAGUAUAAAGAUUGCAAAUGUUUGCUCAUAAUGGAGAAAUACCAUGAAGAUUACAUCACAGUUGUCUGGGAUAUUGUAAAACUAUCCCUAAUCCUCAUCAGUACAUUUCUCUGGACUGUGACAACCACAUGCAGGCUGGAAUUCAAUUGAACCCGCCAUAGAUGGUCAAUUAGCAUAAUAUGGGUUUCUAGAUUUUGAUGCCAGUCCGUUCCAUUGCCUCUGUCUCCUUUGUUGAUGCGACUUUGUAAUUAUCAAGUUCACUUUGGCUUCUCCCUCAAUACUUGCAUUUCUCCCAGAUGGCCCAUGUGCUCUUAUGUACAUAACCGUGGCUAAACUCCCCCGGUACAGUGCUCCUGUGUGCUGUGCUCUGAGCUCCUUUGAAGAACAGUGAGUGUGUAUCUGUCACUAAGGACCACACGCUUCGGCCUAUUGAUUCAGGACGCCCAGAUCUGGAGUCCUCCUUGAUCAGCUGAAUGUAAAUAACCCUGGAUGGACUUUCAUCUACACACUGGGGCUCUGCAGUGUGACGUGUAGGACGGGGAAAUGGAUGUAGAACAUUUGCCAAUUUUCUGUUGGAAUGAGUUCUGACAUCAAUGGUAAUAUAUUGAAGUACUUUAUAUUUAUUAAAUUAAUGAUUUGUUUGUUUUUGUUUGGAUAUCUAUUAUGUGUUUGUUUGAAUAUGAUGACACCAUUUCUCAAGAUGGCACACUGCCAUGGAUUUAUUCAUCACAUGGAUGGAUAUCUCAUUUUUAGGAUUACUGUUGUGCAAUGGCAGGAAACCUUAUCUAUCAGAUCUAUAUUGAGAAAUGUAUGAAUCAUUGGCAAGAUGAUGGGGUACACGGUUAUCCGUUACAGCCCCUUGGUCCAUAUCUUUAUUGCACAAGCUAAAAUAGUGUGCAUUUUCAUAAAACUGGCUUGUGUGCAGCCCAACAUAUGCGCACACUAAGACCAUACGUACAUUACACACUCAGAGCAACAGCAAGUGAUAUCAUGCUGACAUGAAUCAGUAUUCCUGGUCCUGAAGGGGAACGGGAUUUCAAUAUCAUAUGCUCAAGUCACAAGUAUCAGCACCUUUCUGAUGUUUCUUUGCUGUGCUGUACUGUUGUUCCCACCCUGGACAACAUGGCCCUGGACAACAUGGCCCUGGACAACAUGGCUCAUUAUGUAAUGUUGCCCUCAGGCACAAGCCAAAGCACUCUCCAUCAACUCAAAUCAACCUUUGCUUAGUUCAUUUUCAGAAUAAACCCUUUAGACCAAAUGCACAGUCAGUUGCAGGUAUUGCUAACCCUGAUGCAUACUGUAUCUAGCAGUAUUGAUUUCGAUUGUGGAUGUCUCCUUUAAAAUAUUUAUGCAGGGAGAAUUACUGUUUUUAAAUGAGCACUGCAAAGAGUGCAUAAUCUGAGGUAUUUAUUUUACAUUCACCACUGACAAACAUGGGCUUUAAACACUACUGUACUAUGGGUGGAAGGUAAUAGAGGCUAGUCUAUUGCCCUGCUGUGUAUUCCCUAAACCACUGGAUGAUUUUGAGGUCAUAGAUAUAUUUUAUUUCUAAAAAGAGAAUUCAUUGCAUGCUUACUUCUGUUGUUAAGAUGUGUUGUACAUUCCUUUGGAGUACGAUAUGCUGAUAGGCAAGCCUGCAUUUGCACAAACGUCUGUUCAUGUUGUGGAUGCUCUCUUUAUCUUGCAUUUAGGCCAAUAAAUCCAGUCAACUGCAUGAUAGUGUCUGUGAUGUCUCAUCCUUGUGAAAAAAAAGUGGAAAUAUUCGCCUCUAUUCUUCUUCCAUGGUUUUUAAGUGGAAAAACUAAAUAAAGAUUUAGUACUUAUUGCCAUUUGA